UUUUCUGAAAGUUCAUACUUUUUGAACCCAGUCAUGGAAUCUCUGCUAACAAAACGUUCGCUAUCUUUCAUAUUAUUAUUCUUGUCUAUUCUUAUAGCUUCUUCCAAUGCUACUUCAAUAUCAUCGUUCCCAAGAAAACGAGACUACGAGAAAAACUACUACUAUGCCAUAAUACUUGUAGACGAAUUUAUUACACCACACGACGUUGAAAUUCUUCUCAACGUUCAUUAUGAAGAACAAAUUGGAGCUCUCGAAAACCAUUACCUAUUUAGUUCACCAAAAAAGUCGACACGCCACCGCAAACUAACUUCUCGUUCACUGGAUGUCGAUGACGACUCCAACGACCGUGUCUUAUUAGAAUAUGAGAAACUGAAAAAAAAACGACAUUCUAGCCCUUCGGUUUUUGAAAAAAAAACGGUCGCAACUAUAGAUGGUAUUAUCUCUGUAGAAAAGCAAAAAUUGAGGAAACGAUUCAAGAGAGUUCCGCCGCCUAGUAACUUUGAUAACCCUCUAGGGAUCAAAGAUCCAGGCUUCUCACUUCAAUGGCACUUGAAAAAUACCCAGGAAAAAAAUGAUAUCAACGUAACAGGCGUAUGGAAAGAAGGAAUAACCGGCAAAGGCGUGGUAGCCGCAAUAGUCGAUGAUGGAUUGGAUUUGUCUAGUGAUGAUUUGGCCGAUAAUUUUUUUGCCGAAGGAUCAUAUGAUUUUAAUGAUCACAAUCCAUUACCGAGACCUCGACUAUCGGAUGACACACAUGGGACGAGGUGUGCUGGUGAGAUUGCUGCAGUAAAAAACGAUGUAUGUGGUGUUGGAGUAGCUCCAGAUGCAAAAAUUGCAGGAAUUCGAAUAUUAUCUGGUCGAAUCUCAGAUGCAGAUGAAGCCACAGCGCUAAAUUACGAGUUUCAGAAAAACCAUAUCUAUUCUUGUAGUUGGGGUCCGCCAGACGACGGUCAAUCCGCCGAAGCCCCCAAAGGUCUAAUACUUAAAGCCAUAAUAAAAGGAAUAAAAGAAGGUCGUGGAGGAAAAGGAAGCAUAUAUGUGUUUGCUUCCGGUAACGGUGGUGCCGUUGACGACAAUUGCAACUAUGAUGGAUAUACGAAUAGUUUGUACACUGUCACCGUGGGUGCAAUCGAUC